GGGGCCCCGGCGGCCCGCGCCCCUGCUAGGCUGCGGCGGCAUGGCCCGCGCGCCCGGCGCGACCUCUGCGGAUUGCAUCGGUGUGUGGCGGCGGGGCAUGCCCAGAGCACCGGGCACGGCCUUCAAUGGGCGAGGACACGGACACGCGGAAAAUUAACCACAGCUUCCUGCGGGACCACAGCUAUGUGACUGAAGGUAACGUACGUGUUGUCUGAGACCCCUCCGGCCGGCCGCGGCGUGGGGAUGCCGUCGCACCGAAUGCCCUCCGAAGCUGACAUCAUUUCUACCGUUGAGUUCAACCACACGGGAGAGCUGCUGGCCACAGGUGACAAGGGCGGCCGGGUCGUCAUCUUCCAGCGGGAACCAGAGAGUAAAAAUGCGCCCCACAGCCAGGGCGAGUACGACGUCUACAGCACUUUCCAGAGCCAUGAGCCAGAGUUUGACUAUCUCAAGAGCUUGGAGAUAGAGGAGAAGAUCAACAAGAUCAAGUGGCUCCCGCAGCAGAACGCCGCCCACUCGCUCCUGUCCACCAACGAUAAAACUAUCAAAUUAUGGAAGAUUACCGAACGAGAUAAAAGGCCCGAAGGAUACAACCUGAAGGAUGAAGAGGGGAAACUUAAGGACCUGUCCACGGUGACAUCACUGCAGGUGCCAGUGCUGAAGCCCAUGGACCUGAUGGUGGAGGUGAGCCCUCGGAGGAUCUUUGCCAAUGGCCACACCUACCACAUCAACUCCAUCUCCGUCAACAGUGACUGCGAGACCUACAUGUCGGCGGAUGACCUGCGCAUCAACCUCUGGCACCUGGCCAUCACCGACAGGAGCUUCAACAUCGUGGACAUCAAGCCGGCCAACAUGGAGGACCUCACGGAGGUGAUCACAGCAUCUGAAUUCCACCCGCACCACUGCAACCUCUUCGUCUACAGCAGCAGCAAGGGCUCCCUGCGGCUCUGCGACAUGCGGGCAGCUGCCCUGUGUGACAAGCAUUCCAAGCUCUUUGAAGAGCCCGAGGACCCCAGUAACCGCUCCUUCUUCUCGGAAAUCAUCUCCUCCGUGUCUGAUGUGAAGUUCAGCCACAGUGGCCGCUACAUGCUCACCCGGGAUUACCUGACAGUCAAGGUCUGGGACCUGAACAUGGAGGCAAGACCUAUAGAGACCUACCAGGUCCACGACUACCUUCGGAGCAAGCUCUGUUCCCUGUACGAGAAUGACUGCAUUUUCGACAAGUUUGAAUGUGCCUGGAAUGGGAGCGACAGCGUCAUCAUGACCGGGGCCUACAACAACUUCUUCCGCAUGUUCGAUCGGAAUACCAAGCGGGACGUGACCCUGGAGGCCUCAAGGGAAAGCAGCAAGCCCCGGGCUGUGCUCAAGCCGCGGCGUGUGUGCGUGGGGGGCAAGCGCCGGCGUGAUGACAUCAGUGUGGACAGCUUGGACUUCACCAAGAAGAUCCUGCACACGGCCUGGCACCCGGCUGAGAACAUCAUCGCCAUCGCUGCCACCAACAACCUGUACAUCUUCCAGGACAAGGUGAACUCUGACAUGCACUAGGUACGUGCAGAUCCCGGCCCCCACCACCCAGCCUUGCGCAAGUCAUCCCCGACAUGAUCUUCACGACCGCAACGCAAGGAGGGGAAGGAAGUCACAGCGCCAACGAGGACAGCCGCAGAGGUGGCAGUGUGUGGACACAGGGAGCCUGGGCCCCCAUCCCUGCCCCAGCUUCCCUAGGCCAGAAUUGUGUUUGGCAGUAAUUGUCUGUUUAAAAAAAUAAAAAGGAAAGGAAGCGUUCACCGCCACAAAUCAUAAAACGGACAUGACUGUGGAGUCUUACAGUUCAGGGUUCUUUCAUUCACGUCCCUUCACCGUCUCGGUCUGCGGUCUUUACCACAUCGAUAGGACUUUUUAUGCGUCCGGGUUAAUUUUUCACUCCAGUGCGUCCUGCUGCAGGGGCCGGAGCUGAUGGGAGCUGCUUCCCCCCCAUGCCUCACCGGUCCCAGAUCAGGGCUCCAGGGACAGAUGAUGAAUCUCAAACGAGCCAGCCAGGGGGUCUUUUGGUUAUAAAUGGAGCAGUUGGCCCUGUCUGAGAGCUGAUGAUCUCACCUUUGUAUUUCGGAGGGUGAAUUCAUGCUGAGAAUUUGCAGAUGCAAGCUUCUUUCCUAGGUUUUCUGAACGUCUUGAAACAUCCCAGGUCCCAGAUCUGGUGCAGUUUCCCGAGAGGAGCGGGGUGGGGUUUGUCUUCUGCGUGCCUGUGUCCUCAUCUGAUUCACCUGCCGUUUGCUGAGCCUCUCCUGUGUGCUGGGCAUGGUGCUCAGCCCUAGAGGCUGUUGACUUACCCCCUGCAGCCCUCCCUGCAGCCGCUUUCCCCUUGCCCUUCAGCAUUCACUGGGCACCUUCCUGGAGCGGACACUGGCUCCCAUUCACGAUUUUUUGGAAUCUUCCUCCUGACUGCGAGGUGGGUGUUCAUUCAUUUCCAUCAUAAGCACCAACUUCUUGAAGCGUGCCAGGCUCUGGGCUGGAUGCUGGGGAUAAGAGGAAGCCUUAGGAUCCCCUCUGUCCACGAGAAGAAACUGAGGCUCUGAGCAGAUGCACAGGUCACCCAUGGCAGGCGCCCGCCAAGCAGUGGUGUCAGGAGCCUGUCCGGGUCUUCACACAAGGUUCUCUCCAGUCCAUCUCGUGGGUGGCUCAUGUUUAAGUGACACUCGAAUGGAAGGUUUGGAAAGGAAUGCCUCUCUGUCUUGGAAAAUAGGACAUGGCAGACUUGGCUACGACAAGGGUCCAGGAGAACUGCAACGCAGGAUGGAAGAUGGAGAAGACCCCCGGAGCUCCUUGCUCUGCUUGGUGGCUUCAGGAGUACAGCCCUCCCCGGGACUCCACUUCACCCUGGGCUUGCACCCUCCUUGAGCCAAUGCACUGAACUGCCUCUGAAAGGAAAUUGCAUGUUCUGACCAUUUUAGGAUACCUUUACUUUAAGGACCACACAGUCCCAGAGGACGUGUCCCUCGGGAACUCUGCCCCUCUGACAAUGAGGGCGACAGAGAAGGUGGAGUUUCCAUGGUAGAUGCUCCUGUUCUGAUGAUACCACACCUGCCCACCCCUCUGAGUCGUCUUUGCUCAUGGACUCACAGCAGAACCACGUAGUUUGGCAUUUUGAUUCAGAAAGCGAGGAGCAGAGACCCAGCCAAAUCCAACCAUUUUGUUUUGUUUUGUUUUUUACAAGAUGUAACAUAACCCAGGAAAUAGACCCAGCUGAGGUUAUUCUCAGUGGAUUACAGUAUACUUUUGUGUGUGUAAAAGCACAAAGUGCAUGUGUACUCACUUCUGGCCAUAUAACAUUUACACAGGGAAAUGGAUCAUUGAUUUUUUUUUUUUAAUCAACGUGAAUGAAGAAUGUUUGUUUAUAUAUCACUAUAAAAUCCAGUUGACCUGGACAGUAUUAUAUGUACAUAUCUAUUCUAAUUAAAUUUAACAAUCAAAGGAUUGGAUUACUUUUUCCCCCUUGUAAAGAGGUUUGAGAAUGUGGUUAAUUGUAUAGAUAGCGUGUUGAAGCCAAAACCCAGCUCUGAGGGCCUUACCAAUUACUUGGAUAUUUGCUACGAUCCAUCUCCCUUUGUGAGUCCAAUGUUAAGAGAGGAAACUUGUAUUUGCAGCUAGAGGUUACUGUCACAUCAUAGAUUUAACAUUUACCAUCUUCAAAGUACGAAUCUUACAUGUUCUUCAAAAGGAAGUCUUAAUACGGUUCCUAGUUCCUUACUUCUGUUUUAAACUUUGGGUACCAAACCAAAAAGGAGAAAAAAGAAAGGAAAAGAUCUUCUUUGAGAAAAAGUAUGUCUUUGGAUCCCUGGAAAAUAAUGAUGUCCAAAGCAAAUUGUGAAGAUAAAAUGUGUGUUAAGAAAAGGUGUCAGUGGGAGGGACAAAACCAGAAAUGGCGGAAGGACCAGCAUAAUAGUCACAGACUUGCAUCCCUGCUCUGCUUACAUUUUCUGGUCUUCUCGAAUGUACGGGCGUUCACAUGGUCGUUGUGAAGUUGUUGGGUUUUUUAAAUUUAGCUCUUCUCUGAGGACGAAGCUCUUGGUGAUGGGGGUGGUGGUGGGGGUGGUGGAGGUGGUGGUGGUGGAGGUAGGGGUGGUGGUGGUGGUGGUGGUGGUGGUGUGGGAUACAUGGUGAUCAAGUUGUCAGCCCUGAUCAGUUUGGACUCUGUAACUCAUAGGUGCAUUCUUUUUCUCUUUGGUGUCUCACAAAUUACCCAAUUGUUGAAUAAAACUAUAAAUAUGUUAAUACCAGCUUUUUCCAAUAAAAUAACAAAUGUUACAUCAAAAACGA